UGAUUAAAUCAGCAAUUAAUCAUAGUGUAAUCUCGUGAGUAUGAUGAUCAAAAAGCCCGACUUUUUUGAAUUUUUCGAAAUUUAUUGAUAAUAAAUUUUGGUAUGAUACCAUAUCAUAGAUAUAAACCUGGCGAGAAAAUUUAGGUCGAGAGAACUGAAGUAAAUAGCUUGCGUGUUCAAAGACAAUAAAUUUUACUGUGAAUUUUCAUCAGACCAAAAGAUUUGACUAUGACUACUGAUACGACGGAGAAGUUUUUAGCCGAAGUGAAUACUUUAUAUAAUUCGCAAGACAAAGUAAGAAGAGAGCAAGCUGACUCUUGGUUACAAGCUUUUCGGAAGACGUCGGAAGCUUGGACGAUAGCAAAUCAAGUGUUAAGAUCUCCUCAAUUAACACCUCAAUCGGAAGCGGCGCGUCAUUUCGCAGCAGGUACUUUUCGGCAAAAGAUAAUUCUUGACCUACAUCAGCUCGAUGCAACAGCUCGCAAUAACCUCCGUGAUUCUCUUUUAGAACUACUCUACCAAUAUCGUUCUGGUCCUCGAUCGAUUGUUACCCAAUUAUGUAUUUCCCUAGCGUGCUUAGCACUUCAAAUGCCCGAAUGGCAAAAUGUUUUACACCAAUUCACAGAAUUAUAUGGUAAGAACCCGGAAACAGUAACUUGUUUGCUCGAGUUUCUUAAAAUAUUGCCAGAAGAGAUUAAUACAAAUAAUCGAAUACCUAUAUCGGAUAAAGAUUAUCGUGUGCGAUCCAGGCAAUUGUUGACUGAUAAUGCCAAUGAAGUUUUACAAAUGCUUUUGGUUUAUUUACAAAACUCGGGUACAAAUACUGAUUAUCAAAAAAAAGUGUUUGAAUGUUUUCAUAGCUGGUUACAGUCUGGAGAAAUUGCAAUUGGAACUUUAGAAAAAAGUCCAUUUUUAGGUCUUUCAUUUGAUGCUCUACAAUCGGAUGAAUUAUAUGAUAUUGCAGUUGAUGUAGUAUGUGGAAUAAUUAAUGAAACGCGGGAAAUUCCUGAGUCAAUGCCAAUAAUUGAGCAAAUAUAUCCAAGAUUGCUGCCUUUGAGAGCAGCAUUAAAAAGUGCAAUGGAAGAAGAAGAUGACGACAAAGUACGAGGAUAUUGUAGAAUAUUCACACAUGCCGGGGAAUCAUAUUUGGAUCUUGUGGUUCAGCAUGCUGACGAUUUUAGAAGUAUUGUAGAAAGUAUAGUUGAGUGUACAGCUUAUCAAGAUACAGAAAUAGUUAGAAUAACCUUUUAUUUCUGGCAUCGUUUAGCCGACACAUUGUAUCAACCACGUCACGCGAACAUUAGAGAUAAAUUUAAGGAUAUAUAUUCCAAUUUGGUUGAUAUUAUGAUCAAACAUUUGCAUUAUCCAAAAGAUCUUUCAACUUGGUCUGCUGAGAAACGAGACGAAUUCCGCGAAUUUCGGCAUGUAAUGGGUGACGUUCUUAAAGAUAGUUGUUUGAUUUCUGGAUCUGCAGAGUGCUUGUCCAAACCAUUUGCCACUUUAUCAAGGCAACUCGCAGAUUCAGCAAAUGGAAAGACUGUAGACUGGCAAGAAAUUGAAGCACCAUUAUUUUCUUUACGUGCUAUGGGAUCUGAAAUAGAGGAUGAAGAAGACGUUUAUUUGCCACAAAUUAUGCAACUUUUGCAACAACUGCCAGAUCAUCCAAAAAUUCGUUACGCAGCUACUUUGGUGAUUUCAAGAUAUUCUUAUUGGACUAGGUUUCAUCCACAAUUCAUUCCAUAUCAAUUAAAUUUUAUUUCUUCUGGAUUUGAUAAUGAAGAAGUCUCUGCAGCAGCAGCAUUAGCAUUGAAAUAUUUAUGUAAAGAUUGCAGUGAGCUGCUGAUUGAAUAUCUUCCACAACUUCACCCUUUCUAUCUUAACGUUACGAAUACACUUCGUGGGAUAGAUUUAUUUGAAGUGACAGAGGCAGUUUCGCAUGUUGUUGCAGCUGUUCGUCCAGCAGAACUACUAAAAGCAUUACAAAUGUUUUGUCUUCCAAUCGCACAAUGGCUACAUGAGUUUGCUAAUAAGGGUGCUUCUGCGACCGAUAAGGAGAUUAGGUUUGCUUGUGAUAAACUCGAACAAUUUUCAAUAAUUAUUAGGGUAGUUGCUGACCCCAAAAAAGAAACCAGUACGGCAGAUGUGAAUACUGGUCUAGUUCAUCCUUGUAUUACUAUUAUACAAGAAUUAUGGCCUGUAUUUGAUCUACUUUUGGUUCAUUUUGGAUCUGAUUCUCAUUUAUCAGAGAGUCUUUGUAAAUGCUUUAAAUACUGUGUUGUGUUUUAUCGAAUUCCUUUUAGACCGUUGCUUCCUGACCUAAUGGAACGUUUAGUUACAGUAUUUGGUCAAACAUUUUUGAGUUGCUAUUUGUGGGUUGCAACCAAGUGUGUUCAGGAACAUUGCGAUGGUGAAGGAACAGAAAUGACAAUGGCAAUGUUAUCUUUUGUUGAAAGAUUAAGUGUAUCAAUGUUUAAUCUUUUGAAUGGAAAAAAACCUGCUGACAUCCCUGAUGUAAUUGAAGAUUAUUUCCGUCUUAAUCUUGCGCUAUUUGACGCACCUAUUACUUAUUCACAAUCGGCCAUAUUCCCAUCAGUAUUUCAAGCUGGAAUUUCAUGCCUAUCAAUACAACAACCUGAUGCGCUAUUUGCUAUUAUUUUGUUUUUUAAUAGGUUGCUUAAUUUUAGAGAAAAUCAAAAACAGCAACGACCACCUUCCGGUGUACAAACUAACGUUACUAUUACUCCCACAUCACCUACGGAAGCUUCUCUGAGUGCAGCCUCAGCGAUUCAUGAUACUUUAUGGAAGCAAUACGGUACUUCAUUCCUUGAAAACAUAUUCAAAGGUCUUAUGUACACUUUUCCAAGAGAUAUUCAACACGCCGAGAUUCAUGAAAUAUUGUCGGCUUUGUCUAAAUUAUACCCAUUGGAAUGUAAACAAUGGAUAUCCGAAAUUAUUCAGCAACUACAAGAUUCUAAUUUAACAUCAGAAGCAAAAAACAGCUUUAUAAAAGAUUACAAUUUAGCGAUACAAGAACAAGAUUGGAAUAAGCUACGACGCAUCACCAAUGACUUUAUCGCUGUCUUUAGGCGGAGACAUCUAGCUUCUAGGCAACGCAGGGAUAAAGAGUGAAUUAAUUGAAUUUAGCUAACAAUUUCAUUAUGUUUUAAAUUAAAUUUUCAGAAUGAGCAAAAAAUUGCAAAAAACAUAAUCAAACCAAAUAAUAUAGGAUUCAUUUAGGUAAAGUAUUGUACAAUAGUUUUCAUGAUACAAGAAGAAAUAUGCGAAUUAAGAUUAUUUCAUGUUAAGUUAUUUUUUAAUUUGGCAUCAUGAAGUCUAUUCAUUUUGCUUUUUACUUUGUUAAUUAUUAUU